AUGGCCUUGAACGUUGCGCUCCGUACCUCUCUCGCACGCCAAUCGACGGCAUACGGCUUCUGGCUUACCUUUCCCAGCGCCCCCGUCGCCCGUACCAUCCUCCGCGCUGCAACCGCCUCGCCGGCCGAGGCCUUCAGCUGGGUCCUCGUCGACGCAGAGCACGGACUGAUCACAGACAGAGAUUACUAUGACCUCACAACAGCGAUUGCCUCGGAAGGCGCCAGCCCGAUUGUCCGCGUGCCCUGGCAGGAAGAAUGGAUGAUCAAGCGUGCUCUGGAUUCUGGCGCUCAUGGAAUUCUGACUCCUAUGUGCCACUCAGUGGAGGAUGCCCGUCGUGUUGUACGGUACUGCAAAUACCCCCCUGUCGGUUGCAGAGGCUAUGGGCCACUGUAUGCGCCCCACGCUUUUCCCGGCGUCCAGGCUGGAGGUCAAUAUGACGACAACGCCGACCAGAACUUGAUGGUCAUGGUUCAGAUCGAGUCGAAGUCCGGUUUGGACAGUGUCGAGGAAAUCGCCAAGGUGGAGGGAUUGGAUGUGCUUCUGAUCGGCCCAUUCGAUCUCGCGAAACAGAUUGGUGUCGUCCGUGGCGGAGAUGAGCACAAGGCAGCUAUCGAGCGCAUUUUGAAAGCUGCCAAGGCUGCGGGCAAGAAGGCGGCGAUCUUCUGUACGGAUGGUGCCCAGGCCCGCGGAUAUGCUGAACAAGGCUUCGACAUGGUGUCGGUCAUUACGGACCAGGGGGCUAUCGGCAAUGCUAUGGUACAGAGCUUGUCGGCUGCACAGGGCCGUGACGCGGACAAUAAGCCCAGGGAUGGAUAUUGAAUGGUUAUUGAUCCUGGUAAUGCCUGUUAAACUGCUGGCUGGCUAUAGCGUACCAGAAAGAUAUCCCGAACGUGUUAUGUAUCUACUUAUCAAUGUAUAUAUUGCGAGGAAAUGCUGUCGAUCCCCA